AUGGCGGUGGAAUCGAUAAAUGUGAAACUGGAGCGCCUUACCACCCACGUUCUCGAACUCCGUCGGCGUGUCGAGCGUGACUAUGCAGAAUCAGGCAGUUGCUCUCCGGGUGACGAUAUUUAUGGAGACGAAGAAGUCGGAGCCAUCCGAUCGGGAAGAGCAACUGGAAUGCAUCCAGUGGUUGCAAGUUCUCUUAAGAACAUACGCGUACUCGAAGCUAACAUACAAGAGAUCUUUGACCUCCUCUAUCCGAAUGAAGUGGAAAUUUGGUCACCACAGCAAACCAGGCGGACGGCUGCAUUCUGA